CCGGAAGAAGGAGGGUGAGUAGGGAUGGGAGACAUGUGCUCAGUACGACGGAGGAUCAUCAGCGCGCUGCUCGACUGUGUGCUGAUGAAGAGACUUAAGCUCGCCGUCAGAAGGUGGCGGAGGAUGCGCCUCUUCCGGAAGAAGGAGGGUGAGUAGGGAUGGGAGACAUAUGUGCACAGUAUGGCGGCGGAGGAUCAUCAGCGCGCUGCUCGACUGUGUGCUGAUGAAGAGACUUAAGCUCGCCGUCAGGAGGUGGCGGAGGAUGCGCCUCUUCCGGAAGAAGGAGGAUCUAUCGAUGAACCGACAGGUGUCGACGGACCCGGCGCCGUCCACAUCGGGCACUCCCGCGCACUAUCCUAAUCCGAGACAACCGCCAACGGAACUUUUGCAAUUGGAACCCGACGAAUCCCAAAGACACAGGGAGCAGCUACUGCGGCAAUACUCGUUCUUCCAGCUCAGGGUGCAUCUGAAGCGGGGGCAGAACCUCGUGGCCAUGGACAAGAACGGCUUGUUGGCAGGCACCAGCGACCCGUACGUCAAGUUCAAGGUGGGCGGGCGCAUGCUGCACAAGUCCAAGAUCGUGUAUCGGGACCUGAACCCAGUGUGGGAUGAGUGCUUCACUGUGCCUAUUGAGGAUCCUUUUCAGCCGGUGCAGAUUAAAGUGUUCGACUACGACUGGGGCCUGCAGGACGACUUCAUGGGAUCCUGCCACCUAGACCUCACUGCGCUGGAGCUCGGCCGCACCCAGGACCUGGUGCUGUGUCUGCGGGACCCCAACAAGCCCCAGCAUGACAUGGGGGAGAUCGUGCUCAACGUCACUCUCUGGCCGAAGAGUCAAGAGGACAAAGACCAGUAUCUAUUAAAGAACACGCGACUGAGCGACGUGAACAAAAGGCUUAAGGCUCAGAUCUGGAGCUCGGUGGUCACCAUCGUGCUGGUGGAAGCCAAGAAUCUCCCGGCCAUGGACAUGGACACGCGGUCUAGUGACCCUUAUUGUAAAUUUAGGUUAGGUAACGAGAAAUACAAAAGCAAGGUUGUAUGGAAGUCCUUACAUCCGUCGUGGUUGGAGCAGUUCGACCUGCAUCUCUACGACGAUCAGGAGCAGAUACUAGAAGUCACCGUGUGGGACAAGGACAAACAGACCAAGGACGACUUCCUAGGAAGGUGUUCAAUAGACCUGUCCCGCCUGGAACGCGAGAAGACACACAGUAUGUGGCAAGACCUAGAAGACGGGAACGGACAGAUCUUCUUGCUGCUUACUAUCAGUGGGACCACGCAGAGUGAGACCAUCACAGACCUAACUAGUUACAAGGAGAACCCGAGAGAUAUUGAGAUUAUUGAGAAGAGAUACACAUGGUACUACCUGAACGAGCAGUCGAGCGGCGUCGGCUGGCUCUGCGUUAAGGUGUACGGUGCGAAAGGCCUGGCAGCGGCCGACUUGGGGGGCAAAUCCGACCCCUUCUGUGUGCUGGAGCUGGGUAACUCUCGGCUACAGACUCAUACGGAGUACAAGACGCUCGCGCCUAACUGGAUGAAGAUCUUUACUUUCACAGUGAAGGACAUAAGCUCAAUCCUCGAGCUAACAGUAUACGACGAAGACCACGACCACAAGGUGGAGUUCCUGGGAAAGCUGGCGGUGCCGCUGCUCAGCAUCAGGAACGGGGAAAAGCGGUGGUAUGCCCUGAAGGAUAAGAAGAUGAGGAUGAGAGCGAAGGGGAACUAUCCGCAGAUACUGCUGGAGAUGACUGUGAUAUGGAACCAGUUGAAAGCCGCGAUUAGAGUGGUAAACCCAAAAGAACCGAAGUACAUGCACCAGGAGGCCAAGUUCAAGCGGCAACUGUUCAUCCGGAACGUCAUGAGACUGAAGGCCAUCAUCAUGUGGUUUAUAGAGAUUGGGAAGAUUUUACAAGACUGUUUUGAAUGGGAGUCCCGCGUGCGCUCGUUCUUCGGGCUGCUGGUGUGGCUCGCCUUCUGCUACUACUACGAGAUGUGGAUGCUGCCAUUCCUCAUCCUUGUCUUCUUGACCAGGAACUGGCUCAUUUACAGGCUCACGGUUGAAUACGAAGAAACCCGAAUAUUCCAAGCGUUUAAGCCGUAUUUGCCAAGAAUAAGGGGAAAUCCACUGUUACAGCCAGUGGACGAUGAAGACCUGCUCGCCGAGGAAGAUGACGAAGAGGAGGUGGAUAAGGAGGAGAAGAAAUCUCUAAAAGAGAGACUGCAAGCGAUACAGGAGGUGACGCAAACUGUGCAGAAUGCGAUCGGCUACGUCGCCUCAUUAGGAGAAGCUGUCAAAAAUUUAGCGAACUUCACGGUGCCAUAUCUUAGUUACAUUGCCAUCAUCAUGCUGUUUGGAGCGAUGGUGGUCCUCUAUGUGAUUCCGCUGCGAUACUUGCUCAUGGCGUGGGGCAUAAAUAAAUUCACGCGCAAAAUUCUCCGGCCACACACGAUACCGAACAACGAGGUUUUGGAUCUGCUAUCGAGGGUCCCGGACGAUGAGAUUUUGUUGGACUGCCGCGAGCUGAAACCCCACUCUUCAACCGAGCACCGCCGCGACGCGCGCAAGAAGCACAAGGCGUCAUAACGCGGCAACUUGCGUCGUCGGCUCGCAGACUAUGUCGCCAAGUUGAGGGUUAGGCUCUAGGUUAAUUGCCACGGCUUUUGCAUAUGUAUUAAAGAAUAUUAC